CUUCAAGAUUUAGCCAAAACCCAUUUUCACUACUCUCUCGAGUUUAGCGAUCAUCGGGUCGUUCUUCUCAGCAGAGUCUCUCCUCCAUCUUCCAAGGUUGUGGAUAUGAAGUUCGAGAGAGAGGUCACUCUAAAGUCAUUGGCUCGCCAAUUCCAACAUGGGUUUAAGACGCUUUCUCGUUCUUCUGGACUUCACAUAUCUGUAGCUGGUCUUCUUGGUAUUGCUGGUCUCGUUUUGGCUCUCAAAGACUCCAAAUUGGGCAAGCUCAGCAGCUUACAGUGGCUACCCAAGAACGAACGUGGUGAUCCCAACUUGCAUUUGGUACCUGGGUUGCAAAACCUUGGGAACAAUUGUUUCCUGAACGUGAUUUUACAGGCUCUGGCUAGUUGUUCAUACUUUCAACCUUUUCUUCAAAAGGUUUUAGAGGAGUCUGAGUUCUUAGCAGUUGAGGAUUCCGCAGAUUGCGUGCCGCUUACAAUAUCUUUAGCUGCAUUGUUAGAAGACCUAUGCGCAGUUGGUGGAGGAAGAGUUGUAUUGAGUCCACGGCGAGUGAUGCUUGCCAUAACACAUUACAUUGAGAACUUUGAUCUAACAAGCGAGCAGGAUGCAGCAGAAGCAUUUCUUCACCUUCUGUCCUCUUUAAGAGAAGAAUUCUCAGAUUUUUAUUGUCCAACUCAAGGUUCUAUAGUGGAAGUCUUAGCCUCUAAUGGUAGGAUUAUUACUCCAAAGAGAACGGAGAGCCAAAGUGAGCAGGAAAGAUGGCAGCAACGCUUCUUUGGACCAUUUGAUGGAAUUCUUGGCAGUAUCCUAACCUGUCGAAGUUGUUCAUCGCAGAUAUCAUUGAAUUUUGAAUCUUUUCACAGCUUGCCUCUUUCACCAGUGCUUGAUGGUGGUGCCACAAUUAUGGCUGGAUGUACCUUAGAGGAUUGCCUGAAGCAGUUUACUGCUGCUGAGCAAGUUGAGAAUUACCACUGCAGCCAUUGUUGGCAUAUUGCUGCAGUCAAAUAUUUAUUAUCUAUGGGAGGAAAUGAGGCAGCAAUUGAAAAGAUUGAGAGUUGCACUGAGCAAGAUUCCUGUGACUGUCAAAGACUUUUUCAUCUAGAAUCACUACCAUGGUCGAAUAGGUUUUCACGCACUCUAAAGCAAAUAAGUAUUGCUCGCUGCCCAAAGAUUUUGUGCAUUCACCUAAAACGCGUUUCAAUCAAUGUAUUUGGAGAACUUGUAAAACUACAGGGCCAUAUUUAUUUUCCAUUGGUUUUGGACCUUUUAAGUUUCAUGACAAGUGGGGUGGGAAUAAAGCAUUGGGAGAAAAACCAGAAAACAGGGCGAGUCUGGCUACAAAGAGAAAACCCUCGGCCCAAUCAUUUCAAUUUAGAGUGUGAUCCAAGAAAGUUAAAUAUUGUCCGGGGACUAGCAAGAGGAAGCACCUUCCAAGAAGAAUUAGCUUCAGAUGUAUCUCAGUUCACUGCAAAUGCACAAGAUUCAGCAGGAGAAUUCAACUUUCCCCCAACUGGAGGCUUUCCAAAAACCAUGCCUACAGGCACAAACCAGCAGAAUAGGACUUGCGAAUUGGUUCCUUCAGAUACUUGUUUGUACCGUCUUGUUGCUGUUGUGGAGCACUUUGGAAGAGCUGGAAGUGGGCAUUACACUGUUUAUAGAAGUGUGGGAGCUGAUUCAUGUAUGGAACAACCUCAUGAUCAAUUUGACUCUUCUACUGCCCGCUGGUUUUCUAUUUCAGAUUCAGAGGUGUGCAGUGUUUCAAAGGAACAUGUUCUUGCCGCAGAAGCUAGCUUGCUUUUCUAUGAAAGGAAAAAGCACUUUAAGAUAGCAAGGGCAAUGCUGAGACUUCUGCAACUUGAGAGGGCUACAAACGUCCAAGUAGUGAGGCUAGUUAACUCAAUUUAAUUUUGAAAUUGUGACAAGGGAAGUACUUGUCUUAAUUAUACCUCAACAGUUGAGUACGUGAGUUCUUAGCCAACCAUCGAAAGGAAAAACGCAGAAUUUUUAGAAAUUCUAUCAACAAUCUUCAACUGAAUUGUAUGCUAUUUUUGAGUUUGUUGAAGCCUCAUUCUUGUAUCAUCUGCUGAUAGUGACCUUGCAAAAUUGUUGCAGUUGCUUUCAGAAAUGUAUCUUAGUUCUCCUUUGAUUUUGGCUCA